AGAAUACCACUUUGUUUAUUUUUGGUGUCGUUUAAGCUGAGGUUGGUGGCCUUUAAGUUGAGAGCCACCGAUGAUCGGUGCUUAGCUAACCCUUUCUUGCAAAAUACAAUUUAAAAAAAAAAAAAAAAAACUGAAAACAAAAUGCUAUUAAUGUUCUCUCCCCUUUAACAAACGACAAACUCCUCCCCUUCAUUCUGUCCCCCCUCCCUUCCCCAUUCAAUCUCUCCUCCCUCCCGUAUCCUCUCCCCCCCUCUUCUCACGAGACAGCGCCACCGUCCACCGGUCGCCAAUGACCGUCAUAUGAUACCUCCAUAAUCCUCUUCCCAUCCUCUUUCCAAUCCCCAAGUUAGUUUCUACAAAUUCGUGGCCGAAUUUCCUCAAUUUCUGAUCUAAUAAACGGUGACCCCGGCCAAGCCUGCCGGAGUUGGACCUCCGACGGUCUUGAGUACGACGUUGGGAUGUUGUCCCUUGUCGAUAAGGACUAAUUGGAGCCUGGGUGGGCGAUUUUGAUGCGUAAUAUGGGAUUGUUCGGCAAUGGGUGUGAUGAGGCCGGAGCUGGUUCAAGUCCAUCACCACAACAAAAACGUUUGCAACCAGAAAACCUCGUCAGCCUCAACCAUGAGUUUACAUGCAAGGGAUCAAGUAGCGCUCCAUUGACAGUCAAGGGGUGGAAAGAAUUAACUAUGGAGGAGAAGAUGGAAAUUGCGAAUGGUUUGAAGCAGCAUCCCAUAUUAUACUCCCUUGGCUAUCACUAUGACAAUGGUUCGAGAAGCGGCAGAGGAUUUCAACGCAAGAUCGAGACAUUUGAUACUAUGGGCUCUGGUAGGGUUUGUGCUAGAAAAGCAUAUGAAGAAGGGAUGGCUAGACGCGGUAGCGGCGUUUCCAUAGACGACGUAAAGGAGGAAGUUGCCUUUGCGUUGUUAAUGGCCGCUUUGGAAGAUGGUAACACUGGCGGAAAAUUACACGCAACGCCCAGAAGAUAACUGUAGAAAUGGCAGAUCUCCCAAGGAGACCUCUUUCUCAACCGACAGUUUACCAUCGUGUCGCAGAGUUUGUACCGUUUAAGCGUGACAACGGCGCUGGUGAUGGUGUUUUUGGCAGAGUAGGCUCUGCUCUCCUGAUCUCUGAACACCUCAGCUCCGACGAGGUACUUCUCCCUGGGUGCUUCUCUUAUCACUCGCCCGGACUUCCUCUUUUUUUUUUUUAUUAUUAAAAUAUUUGGUGUCGCUUAUGGACCAUAGCACAAGAAAUAUUUUAUGUAUCUAGAUGUUAGGUAAUGUCGGUUAUAACCGACAGUAUGUUUGAUUAAUUUAUUAUUUUAACUGUUGAUGUCGGUUAGGACCGAUAGUAGGUUUGAUAUUUUAAUUCUUUAAUUGUUGCUUGACGUCGCUUAGAACCGCCAUCAUGUCAAAACUUAACGUCGCUUCUAAUCGACGUAAUGUUGGAUGUCGCUUUUAAGCGACACUGUUGUUCU